UUGGAUUAAUUCACUGCACAAAUAUCAAUAACACAGAUUUUCAGUUCAGGAUAAGAGAGAGAGAGAUGGCAAUCCAACUGAACCACAUAUCCACGUUCAAUUCAAAGCAUGAGAAACAACCUAAGCCACCCCUUCCCACCACCAAAAGAAGACCAACACUUCAAGUCAAUGCAGUGUCCAGCAGCAAUAAUGCCCGGCAGCUCAUACAGUCCCAGGCCAUCAGGGCCAUACAGCCAAAGGAAGCAGUGGCAGCCAUUAAUUCCGAUGGCUUCACACUCCUGGACAUCAGACCCGUUUGGGAGACAGAGAAGGCUCGUGUGAAGGGGUCACUGUAUGUUCCACUGUUUAUUGAGGACAAGGACAAUAGCCCUCUUACACUUUUGAAGAAGUGGGUGCAUUUUGGCUACAUUGGGCUAUGGACUGGCCAAUAUUUAACUACCAUGAAUCCUGAUUUCUUGUUGCGAGUAGAGGAGGUUGUUCCUGAUAAGGACUCUAAACUUCUUGUAGCUUGUGGUGAAGGGCUAAGGUCCAUUAUGGCAGCUACAAAGUUAUAUGAAGGAGGAUACAAGAACUUGGGGUGGUUGGCUGGGGGAUUCAAUCGCUCGGGAGAUGAAGAUUUCCCAGAAGUAGAAGGGACUGAAAAGUUGCAGUAUGCAACAAUAGGGGGUGCAUCAUACUAUUUCCUUCAAUUGCUCAUUUUCUUACAGAGUGUGGGUAAAAGUAAUUGACCUUUGAUUUUGCUGUACUUUGGGGCUCAACUUUUUGUUAUAUUAAAUUAGCUGCAAGCAAUGAUUGGCUUUGAGCAAUCAGACUGAAGGGUCCCAUGAAUUCAAGAUCUUUUUUUUUUUUUUUUCUUUUUUUUGCAAUUUCAUUUACUACACAUGUAUUAAGGAUCAAAUAAGACAAGAGGGUCGGUUUUAAACAAAAUCAAUCAACAGAAUGAGUUUAUUUUA